UUUCUCUUUACUAUAGAUAGUAAUGGUGAAACUUCGCUCUUUCUCCUCUCUCCACUCUUCUCUCUCCGUCUCGUCGAUGAUGGCGUCUACUGUAGAGCAUUCGACUCGUAAAGACCAAUCGAAAUCAAACAAUCUCUCCGAUAACUGGAUUCGGAUCAUCGGGUACAUCGCGAAAUUCAAAACCGAGCUCUGGAUGCUUCACGAUGUGUUUGAAAUGGGACCGAAGCAGCUACCUGAGAAUCUAGGGGAAGACACCAACGAGAUGGUAGCUUUCAGAUGCUUAGCGUCUUUGUUUGAUUCCUCCACUUCUAAAGAUGCUGAGUCAAAGAUAGAGUUUGAUUCGUCCCAGAGCUGUGAACAUGUACUUCAAUGUAUAUUGGAUGAGAUACCAUUGUCAGAGCUGAAACCAGGUGCACCGGGACUGUCAAAGUGGAAUCUUCUGCCCUUUAUCCAAAGCAAGCUCCUUUGCUUGCCAAAAUGUGCUUUGGAACUGAUGAUUGAAGCAUCCAGUGAGAAGGAUGCGGAAGUGUCGCCUUGUAAUGAGGAAGAAGAGGGUAUGAGAGUUGAUGGCGAUCAAGUUACAUCUCCAAUGGCUGAUCCAGAGCCGUUUGUUCAUGGCCCUGCUGAUGAGACUAGUGGAUCCCACCAGAGCCCUCCUGGAGAUGGAGCUGAUAUUAGUAGAUCCCAGGCGUCUCUUGGAAACGGAAGUGAUGGUUAUGUGUCAAGUCCCUCAGAGAAUAAUAUAUACAGGUGCAUUCAAUGCAAACAGAGUGGGAAGCUCUUGUUCUGCUCCAGGGAUGGAUGUACUGUCAUGGUUCAUGAGAAAUGUGUUGUGGAUUCGCAGCCUGUUUACGAUGACGCUGGGAACUUCUACUGCUCUCUCUGUGCUUUGGGCUGUGUUUCAGCUGAGUACCUCCAGUCUCAAGAGGAAGUUGCUAAAGCCAAGAAGAAAUUGGUUUCGUUUCUUAGUCUAAUGUCAAAUGUUAACAAGAAGAAACCCAUUUGAAGGUUAAAAGCCUUACUCAUUAAAAGAAAAUUACAUUUGCACUU